AUGGACAAAUAUUUUGAUCUCGAAACCAUCAAAAAUGAAGCAGAACUUCGCCGAAUAAUCUCCGACGGCCCAAAAUUGUUACAGAUCAAAGUGUGCAGUGCUUGCGCGGAAGAUGUUGACAAGUAAGACGAACGUGUUCAAUUCGAAAUUUACAUAAUAAAUAUUUAGGUGUUCAUGCUCAAAUUCCGCCCCAUCCGCAGAACUGGUUUUCGCCGAUUUGGAGCAAAGAAUGACAACUAUGAUCAAGACGUAUGGAGAUGAAAUUCGUUAUGCUCACGAACAAAUUCGAAACGGAAGUGUUUCAUCGUCACCAAUGUCAUGUUUGCGGCUCCGCCAAAUUCUUCUCUCCGAGGAUCAAUCAUCGACGCGAAUUCAUCUCAUCACUGGUUUUUGAUGGGAUAUCUAUUAAAAAAACACUAAGUAAGCUUGCCAAUGCUUCUUUUCUUUAAAUAUUAAUGUUUCAGGAGGAAGGUGUGGCCACUAACACUGCUCCCGUUGGAUCUUCCAGACAAAUCAAGAUCAUCUAUUCGAGCUGUGACAGUCGCAGCAAUCUACAUUUCUCCAGUCGAUCCGAAUUGGAAAAUUCACGACCGAUUCAUGAAAUGGGCACAAAAUGAAUUGCAACAGAGCAUAUUUUGGAAAAACUGGACGUACAGCGCCACUAUCAUAACUGGCAUUCAUGACGACCCCGUAAGAAGCUCUCUGGUCAGAUCAUAUUGUUUCACACUUCGUUUCAGGCACGCCGAAAAGUAUAUGCAAUGAAGGGCCAUUCGUCAAAGGCGGCAUGUCCGUAUUGUGUCUCUCAAGGCACUCAGCAGAAACAGUUUAAUGAAACUACUGAACGUGAGACUCGUACAUUGAUAUUGUCAAAAAAUUGAAUCACCGGGAGCACCCCAUGAUGGAAGUGCCCGGAAUGGAACUGACCCAGAAUAGAACUGUGCGUGGAGUAGAAUUGCCUGGAAUAGAACAGCCCCAAAUGGAACUCUACCCAAGUUGAAUUGUCCGGGAUGGAAUUGCCCCGGUAUAGAAGUGCCACACAGAAAUGCAGUGCAGUUCUAUUCCGGACAGUUCCAUUCCGGGUCAGUUCCAUUUCGGUCAGUUUCAUUUUAGGGGCAACUCCAUUCCGGACAAUUCUAUUCCGCGCACAGUUCUAUUCUGGGUCAGUUCUCUCGAAUCGCACCUCGUUUACCCCAAAAUUUCCCGCGCGAUUUUUUUUUUCUGUCCUCAAGAGAAAACUUCACGCGCAAUAUUGCCUUCAAUGGUUAAAAAAGAUCAAAAAUGUGCUAGAAUGCCCUAAAACUAGUAAUGUGUGUUGCAGUUCGUGAAAAAUUUGGUGAAAAUGUGCCGGAUGUUUUGGAAGAUGGACUAUUAGAAAGGGGGAAAUACACGUUCUUCAAUUCGAUGUGUCCCAUGUGGUUCAGUCCACUCGAUCUUUUCCACACUAUUAGUGAGGGUGUUUUUUCGAAAAUAUUAUCAGGUGAUUAAGUAAGUAGUUAUCUCACUCAUGCCCGGUUUCAGAACUCUUGACACAAAACACACUCGACAUCUUUAAGACUGCAAAAAUCCACAUGGACGUCAACGUCAAAUUGCCAUCCAAGUUCAGAUGUAUCUCGAGAAGAUUGACUGACAUGACAGGAUCCGAAAAAACAAUGGUAACAUUUCUUGUGUGGAACGAACUGGAAACUAUUUAUAGUGUUACCCUAUUGGUGCACGUUUACCAGUUGAAUUGAAAAUUAGGUCGAUUCAGUUAACCAAAUUUUAAAAAUUACCUGAAGUAUAGGUCAUUUGUGUUAUGAAUUUCUUAAAUUUUCGGUGACAAUGGGCGGAGUUGGCGGUAGAGCAAAAACACCUAUUUAAGUUACAGAUUUUUUUAAAAAGUAGGUCAGAACUGGUGAAAAUUUGGUUUUUUAGCUGUACGAGUCGCUGAUUGUAGGCCACGCACUUUGUGGGAUUGAGAUCGGAGGAGUCGGCGCCGCUAUCAUUCUUGGUUUCCAUGCUCUUUUCCGUUUGAUGGUAUCUCCUUGUAGCGUUGGUGAUGGAGAAUUGCACAUAAAAGUAAGCAGAGUUGUGAUUUUGCGGCCUGGCCCGCCUCGGGCCGGUCAGAGGGGAAAAGUUGACGGCCCGGGACCCCCCUCCCCUGACAGCAUAAUUAUCUGGAUAGGUUCAGUAAAAUACCGUUUUUACAGGUCCGAAAAAUCACCAAGUUUUUGGCUCCACUCAUCGUUUCAUUCGCCCCAAACUUGCUGCGAGGAUCGAAAGUGCACGUGAGCAUAUCACUUCGCGAAAUGUUACUUAGCUCACGUCUAUUUUCAGCAGCUUAUAUAUCACACCCCCCGUCUCGUCCAAAUUUACGGCUCACUGUUGCCCUAUUCUUCACAGCCACACGAACACGCCUACCACGUACUGCAGCGUCAUUUGGUCCCCGAAAUAACUAAUGGCAUCGGUUCGGCUAUUUUGAGAAAGUAAGCUUCCAGUCCUACAGACUCAUAUUCUUAUUAUCACGAUUGCAGCACAACCCUUCUACAAUCAGUUUACGCAGAAGUGUGUGAUCGUGCAUCUGCUGACCCGGAAUAUGGUUCGAAAAACGUAUACUCCGAAAAAUUAGUCACAAUUAUGAACAUCAAACAACGUGAUCAAGUCGAUUUUUCUUCUGAAGUUCCCAACUCACUCAAAAGUGUCAUGGAUGCAAAUGAUACUUUUUCGGAGACAUUUUUCUAUUUAGGGAAGAGAUAUUCGGCGAAAUCUUCCCCAAAUAGCGAUGAUUCCAAUGUUAUGUUUCAGUACCUCGGUACUGUACAGUUCGGAUCCAUCAAAGGAUUUAUUAAAAAUCAGGAUUCUAAAAUUUCUGUUAUUAUAUCCCCAUUCAUUUUAAGUACUGACCACUUACAAACGCUUGCCAUUAACCUUUUGAGAGAUACAGUUUCUAUUGAGGAUACAAGGGAAGUUGUGUCUGCGUUGUCCACAACCACCUUUGGAGCUAUAGUUAGAGGGAUCAGCAAUUGUAUUACAAUUCCAAUUUCCCAUCUUAUCGGUUAUUGUAUUUUUGUCCAAUUGAAUUCUCAUUCCGUUGUAUUGCCCUGUUCAUUCCGCCCAAUGCUCUCAUAAGUGUAUAUUCUAUUUAUGCCUAACUGAUCUACUUCAUCAUGGUUUGAAACCAUAAGAAUACCUUUUUCAACGCUAAAAUUAAAGUUUCAGUGUUUUUGUUAAGAUGUCGUCAUUGGCACGAUUCAUGGAGUACAAGAAAAUGAAAAUGGAGGGGUCGAGCCCUCCUGUAACUGCAAAAAGAGUCGACUACAAAAAAUCCGACCAACCUCGAGUUGAAUUCAGAACUUCGCCCUUGAAUAAGGUGACCGCUGCAUGCUUCUUCCUAUACAUAUAUACCGAAUUUCAGGCGUUCGAUACCGAAAAUGGAGAAUUCACGGAAAGACUGACAACCAACGAAAUUUUUAUAGAAAACGGACCCGACUUUGAUUUGUUUGAAAAAGCCGAAAUGGAAAAACGCGACAAUCAGACGAGCAAGUCUGAAGCUGUGACAAUUCCAAGGAAAUUGUCGAUUUUCGAUCUUGGUGACAAGGCAUUGAGCACACCAGAAGAAGGCUUCUCCAGCUUCAGAGUCAGAAUUAUUGGUUUUUUUCUCAAGAAUAUUUACAAUUCAAUUUCAGAAACAAGUGGCCAAUGCAACAAGGGGAAGACUCGACAUCAAUUUCGACGAGUUGAAGGCCAUAGCAAAAACCGGAAGUCCAGAACUUAAGCUGUGGGCUUCGGCGACAGCUGGUCUCUUAACGCUGGUAAGUUUUGGUUAUUGUACUUAACACUUAAAGGGGUGGUGGCACUAAAACCAAUUUUCCUGCAAUUACGCCAUUCGGUGCAGAAUCCAAAAUAAAGUGCAGUUUCAGUUGUGCAAAAGUGUUAAAAAUCACUUUUAGUAGGUCAUUUGGGCUAAAACCUUUAAAUUAUUUGGCUUAAAAGGGGCGGAGUCGGCUCUAGGUCAUCACGUGAGCUAAAUUGUGAGACAACAUUUUUUAGUGCCACUACCCCUUAAACAAUGCCAGAAAUUCCAGAUGCAGAACGAACGGGAGAGGUCCGCCAGAGUUGCCACAAUCACCAAAAAAGAUGUGAGGAAGUUUUCUAGCUACUGUCGCCAGCGAUGCAAAUUCGUACCGCUGAACUCAAUGCUAGCCGAACCAGAAUGAGUUCGUACGUUUUUUCCGCGUUGUUAGUUCUAAAAUCGUGAAAAGAACAUUUCAAGAAGCCACUUUUGAGGAUAACCCGUUACCAGUACCGUGACUAUAACCACUCUCGUUUUCAGUCUGACAGCAUAUAGAAAAUCCGAAAAGCAAAUCUGAUUUGUUUUUCGAAAUGAUCAAAUAUGAGCCUCAUUUCUAGGAAAAUUUGUUUAAAACAGGCAAAGAUGCAUCCUUUUCACGAGAAUAGAACUGAUUGGAAAAAAAUACGAUUUUAUUGGUUGCAAAUUUGUAAAAGAAAAGAGCAAAAAUCAUAUCGUAUGAAUUUCGGGCUAAACCGAGUUCAGCGGAGCGUAUUUGCCUCAUCGCUGACAACAGUGUGCUCAUGAAUAACCGUACUUCAGGAAGAAGUAAUCGCAACCUUUUCUCCAUCUGUCGCCGCGUCGUGCGAAAUUAUUAUGAUCGACAACAUCAAGCACGAUGAUCGUAAGGUAUAUCUUGAAAGCGCUAUAACUUCUUCAUUGCAGCUAUGAUCAAUGUGAACGAAGUGUUCUUGGUUAUGAAACCGUGUAAGAAAUCGAUCAAAAGUAUUGUGAAGACCAUUGCCAAUGUCUGGAUGAAUUUUGUAAGCUUCCCUGUACAUUAAGACGUGAUUUAUUGCAUUUUAGAUUCUUCCAAAACCUAUUCGAGCCCAAUACUCGAUGGCCGAUAACCCCUUGAAGUAUACGCCUGUGCCGAUUCAGAUCGUCAAUGGUCCGCUGUGUAUGUGCUUUUAUUAUUCUUUACGAUAUCACCUCUCACUGUUCCAGGGUUGAUGCCUGAAUGCGUAAAAGUGACGGGAAUGGACAAAGAAGUUCUCAUUGAGACUAUGUCCCAUUUGUACAUGAACCACUUAACUUAUUUAUGGUGAGAACAUUAUCAAUUUCCUACUUUUAAAUCGAAAAUCUCUCUUACAGCGACCAAGCACGUGCCGACAUGAAGAAUCUUCCAGAAGCGGCAAAUAAUGGAGCAAAUGACGGCCAAAAAUCUGCGGCACCUACUGAGUAA